AUGCUCAACGAGGCUGGGAUUCUACACAACCUCAAGUCGCGCUACUUUUCGGAUUUGAUCUACACCUACUCGGGGAUGUUCUGCGUUGUCGUGAAUCCAUACAAGAAGAUGCCAAUUUACAUGGAGGAAAUCGCUGAUGGAUUUCGUGGAAAGAAUCGUACUGAUGUGCCUCCGCAUAUUUUUGCGGUCACCGAUGCUGCUUACCGGAACAUGCUACAAAAUCGUGAAGAUCAAAGCAUCCUUUGCACCGGAGAAUCUGGAGCCGGCAAGACGGAGAACACGAAGAAAGUGAUUCAAUAUUUGACGUUGGUGGCUGGUCAAAUCCGACAAGAGCGUGGCCUAAGGGGAAGCGUCACCUCGUUGAACACCAGCAAUGCGAAUCGCUAUAUGGGGAACCUCGAGGAGCAACUGCUACAUGCUAACCCGAUUCUUGAGGCUUUUGGCAACAGCAAGACGAUCAAAAACGACAACAGUUCUCGCUUUGGAAAGUUCAUCAAGAUUCAUUUUGAUGCCCGCGGACUAAUUGCCGGAGCAAGCAUCGAAUUCUAUCUUCUGGAAAAAUCUCGCGUCAUCCAUCAAGCUCCGAAAGAACGAGCAUUCCACAUCUUCUACCAACUUCUCAAGGGAGCCGACUCCAAGUUAGCUGAUGAGUUGCUUCUGGAGGCUACACCCAAUGCGUAUCGCUUCCUUUCAAAUGGUGACACUUCAAUUCCAAAUGUGAACGAUCGAGAAGAAUUCCGCAAUUUGGUGGCUGCUCUCAAUGUGAUGGGCCUCAGUGACGAAGAACAGCUCUUCAACCACCAUAUGUUCAUCCAAGAGCAAGAGGAGUACAAGCGCGAAGGAGUGAAGUGGAAUUUUGUCGACUUCGGACACGAUCUGCAGCCCACAAUUGAUUUGAUUGACAAGAAUAUGGGGGUAAUGGCUUUGCUCGAUGAUACCUGUCUGUUUCCAAAGGCGGAUGACAAGAAUUUUGUCGAAAAGUUGAUCGGACAACACAAAGACCACGCAAAGUUUAUUCCACCAGAGGCUCGAUCAAAAGGCGCCUUUGCUCUGAUGCAUUACGCUGGUCGUGUCGAUUAUUCGGCUGAUGGAUGGCGAAUGAAGAACAUGGAUCCGUUGAACGACAAUGUUGUAGACCUUUUGCAGCACAGUUCGGAUCAAAUCGUCGCCGAAAUGUGGAAACAUGCUGAGUUUGCGUCGAUCGCCUCUACUGAAAGCUGCGAGUCAAUAUUCGGAGCACGUGCCAAGAAAGGGAUGUUUCGCACGCAAUGCCAACUUUACAAGGAGCAACUUUCUCGACUGAUGAGCACUCUGGAGAAUACCAAUCCGCACUUUGUGCGCUGCAUCAUCCCCAACUAUGAAAAGAAGCCAGGAAAGAUCACUGCCCCUCUUGUGUUGGAACAACUGCGUUGUAAUGGAGUCGUUGAGGGAAUUCGAAUCGCUCGCCAGGGAUAUCCAAAUCGAUUACUUUUCCAAGAAUUCCGCCAGCGCUAUGAACGAAUUUUGUGCCCCGAUGUCAUUCCAAAGGGCUUCAUGGAUGGAAAAGAGGCGUGCAGGUUAAUGCUUGAACAUCUUGCCGUCGAUACGGCCAUCAUUGGCAAAACAAAAGUCUUUUUUAAAGCGGGACAAUUGGCGAUCCUUGAACAAAUGCGCGAUGAAAAGAUCACAAACCUGAUCGUCGCUUUUCAGGCACAUUGCCGCGGCAACUUGGCUAGACGGGAGUUUAAGCGUCGCACGGAACAAGCAAAUGCGAUUCGAAUCAUUCAGAGGAACGGACUUGCAUGGAUGAAACUUCGAGGAUGGCACUGGUGGCGCUUGUUGAUGAAAAUGAAGCCUCUUCUGGAAAUCACAAAGACGGACGAGGUUAUUGCCGAGAAAGAUGACGCCAUCAAAAACAUGUCCGAGAAGUUGCGUCGCAGUGAGGUCUACAUUGAUGAUUGUGGAAAGCGAAUUGAAGUUUUGAACGAAGAUCGUGCCCGCUUGCAACAACGCUUGGAACUUGAAACAGCAGAACGAACGGAUGCCGAUGAAGAACGUCAACGACUCAAUGCAAAGAAAACAGAACUUGAAGAGGAACUAAUGCACAUCUCUGAGCAAAUGAAGCAGGAAAUGGCCAAGGCAUCCAGAUUCGAGUCCGAAAAGAAGAAGCUGCAGACUGACAUCAGAGACUUGGAGGUGCAACUGUCGGCUGAAGAGAACACUCGUCACAAACUCAUCCAGGAACGCACGUCGUUUGAGAAGAAGCUUAGGGACUUGGAGCUGACGCAAGCUGAGAUGCAGGAAUCAAAUGCAAGGUUGACAAAGGAAAAGCGCUCGUUGGAAGCACGUGUGCAACAACUUCAAGAAAAGCUAAUCGACGAAGAAGAGCGCCACAAGAACAUCCAGAAAGUGAACGGCAAAACCGAAACGGAUUUGGCUGCACUGCAAGAAAAUGCUAGGCGUGAAACGGGUACUCUUCUGAAGAAAAUCAGUGCCUUAGAGAUGGAACUGGCUGACGCAAAGGAGUUAAUUGAAGAGGAAAAGCGCAACCGCAAUCUCAUCGCUUCAAAGUUGCGCACCAAAGAUGAGGAGUACCGUGCAAUGGAGGAGCAACACGAUGAUUUGCAGCGAGAUCGUGAUCGGUUAAACAAAGAAAAUUUCGCCCUGAAGCAAAAAGAAGCCGAAUUGCAAAAGAAAAUCGAUCUGGACGCCGAGGAGAAACGCAUUGGAUCGCUUGAAGAAAGAAGAGCUGGCUCGAGAAAAAGCAGAACGAUCCAAAAGAAACUCAUCCAAGAGAACGAAGACUUGAUGAAUGAGGUGGGAUUGAGCAAUGCUGCUCUUUCGGAGGCCCAGCGCCAACAACGCAAGCACGAUCAGCUUCUUGCGGAGGAGAAGGCAUUGCGAGACGAUGUGAAUCGCGAUAAAGAAAUGACCAUGCAACAAUUGCGUGAUCUCGAGACAAAGAACCUGCAACUUGUGCAAGAUCUCAACCGACUCAAGGAGAAGAACGAUGAGCUGGAGAAGGCGAAGAAAGUCCUUCAACUGGAGGUUGAUAGUUUGACUAGCAACGAAGAUGCCAGUGGAAAAACUGUCUUUGAUCUGGAAAAAGCAAAGCGAUUUUUGGAGGAGGAAAAUAUUCGACUUGGCGAACAAAUCAUCGAGCUCGAGGAUGAAUGCCAGAUACUCGAUGAUAAAAACUCUCGUUACGAGGUGCAGAUGAACGCCAUGCGAGCGGAACUCGCUCGUGAUCGUGAACAACGGGAACAAGAGGAGGACGACAACCGGCGACAGGCCACUAAACAAAUCCGAGAGCUUGAAGAACAACUUGAAGAAGAAAGACGCCAGAAGAGCGUCGCUCUCGCUGCUAAACGUAAGGCUGAGAACAAUGCCCAGUUCUCUAAUGAAAGUGUCGAGUCCUUGACCCGCCAGAUUGAAGAACUGAAUAGACAAGUUCGUCAAGCUCGUCGUGCAGAAACUCGGCUGGCUGAGAUCAACACCAUGCUUGAAGCCGAGAAGCAAAACAGUGAACGCUGCAAGGAGAUGGCUGAUCGUUCUGCGCAGCGCCAACGUCAACUGAAGAGGCAAAUUGAGGAGCUCGAGGAAGAUGUGGAUCGGGAGAAAAUGAAAAACCGUCAGCUCAAUCACGAGAUCAACGACCUGCAGGAGGGCAACGAUCGUCUUACCACGGAAAACAGUCGCUUGACGGCACGUAUGAAUGCAAUCGAUCGCACAAGUGUUCGUCCUUCGAUGGCUCGUGGAACUACGCGCUACGGAAGCAACAGCUCUCUUCGUGAUUCGUUCACUCGUGAGGGGCCGGAAGCAUUCGACGAUGCGCGUUCAUCUUCUGGAAUCACUGGAAGUCACGGUGCCCGUCUCUCGGAUGCUGGAAGUGAUUCUCGUCUC